CUCUCCACCUCCCACCUCUACCGCGUUUGCUGCUCGCUCGCUGAAGAAAAUAAAAUUAACCAGGAGCGCAAAAAACGCGAAUCUUAGUUAUCCGCGCAGCUAGCCAGGCCCACGGCAUCGAAAAGGCCCGACUUGCACACCGAGAGCCACCAAAGAGGCCCAGGAAUUGUUCGGUCACAUCUCACAUCCCGCAGAGGAGCAACGUUUCCAAUAAGCAAGCAUACAUAAAUGGUUUCUACUUUUAUUGGUCUAUUAGACAUUCAAUCAUGGUGGGAGAUACCGUGUAUUUCGCAUUUCUGUUCAUUGUUUAGUUCCGCCUUUGAUCUGCCCGACAUAGACAUCGAGGACCUCGAAUCGGCGCUGCUCUCCGAUGGUACCAGCGAUGAGGAUCAGGUCGCCCUAGUGCCCGAGUUAAUUGUGCGCCUUCUCAAGGGCUGCGAUGCGCUACAGUCGGUAGCCAAGGAAAUCACACACAGCAACUAUCAGAUGUUCUUGCGUCGCUUCCUGCGCCAACAGUGUCGCCUGCACCAGACCGAGAACCACUUCGACACGGACAUUGACUUCCAGUCGCUGCCCGUGCGCAAGCGCCUGCACAUCCUGCACGAUCUGUGCCACUUCCGCCUGGACUCGGCCGAUGUGCAGGUCAUCCUCAGCAAUCUAGAGGCGGACAGUCUGCGCGUGGAGCCCCUGGGCUACGACGCCAAGAACUCCGGCUACUGGUACUUCUACGGCACGCGGCUCUAUCGCGAGGACAAGGCCACCGGCGGAGCGGCAGCCUCCAGUUCGGGUUCGUCCGGCUCGGGUUCGGGAGGCGACGGAGCCUCAUCUGGCGGAGCGUCGGGCAGCAAGGGAAUCGGCAGCAACGGCACCGUCUGGCAGGUCAUCUGCUUCACCGAGGAGGACUGGCAGAACUUGGCCGCCAAGUUCAAGACCUCGACGAACGCCAAGGAGCGCGAACUCUUUCACAUACUCGAUGACAACUUUCUGCCCAAGUUGCCGCAGCUUUUCCGCGAGCGUGAGCGUUUGAGGCGGAGAAAACUUCUGCAAGUGCGCAACUCCAGUCGCAUUCGUAACAUCGCGGAGCUGAAGGCGCGGCAGGAGGAGGAACGCCAGCGUCGUGAGGAGGAGCGCCAGCGUCGGGAGCGGGAGAAUCUCUACCAGGAGCGGCAAAACGCUCACUGGCUGGCACCGCCGCACCAACAGCAGCAGCAGCAACAGCAACAACAACAGCAGCAGCAGCAAUCUCAGCAGCGAACACGCAGACGAUCCCAAUCAACUUCGACGGCUAGUGGUAUUUCAACCUACGCAAGCUCCCUCAGACGAACAACCACAACUAAUUCGAGCGAAUUUCUGUGCCACAGGGAAACCUUCUGCCUCUCGCCAGAAAUCGACGAAGACGACGACGACAACGACGACGACCAGGCGGCCGUCGACGCGGAGCAGCAACCAAUACAGCAGCAGCCGGAGGAGGAGCAGCGGCAGGAACCGGAGGAAUUAUUAGCUGUCUCAGCAAGUGGCGACGAUUUUCGCUCCCCAGAAGCGCCGAAUUCGCAAACGCCGGCGGAAUUGAAGAGCAAGAGCAGUCACCACCACCACCAUCAUCAUCACCACAAGAAGAAAAAGUCGGGAAAGAAGCAGAAGAAGCGACACCAUCGAGAUAGAGAUCGUGAGCGGGAUCGCGAGCACCAUCAUCAUCAUCGGCGGCGACACAAGCAUGCUUCAGAGGCAGAGGAGGGCGAGGACGACAACAAUAACCACAACAGCAACAGCAAUAGCAACAGCAACACCAAUAGCACCAGCAGCAACAAUAGUGCCCAGCCCAAGCGACGACGAAGUGGCCAGCAGCACCAUCAGCAGCAGCAGCCAGAAAGUGCCCAGCAAACUACUUCUCUAAGUCCCGAGGACAAGGAGAACUUCUGCCGACAGCUGCAGCUCCUGGACACCAAUUCGGCGGCCAUUGCGGUGGCCACGAGCAUUGCCGAUCUCAGUCUGCCCUCGCCGGUGGCACAUGACAGCGAAUCGGAGCAGGACGAGCAGCCGGCAGCAGUGGUCCCAGAGCCACCAAUAAUAGCUUCUUCAAUGGCGCCAGCGGCAAAUGUGAAGUUGCCCGGCAGGCAGACAAACAAUUCGCUGAGUUCGCUGACUGGGAACAUAUUCAUACCGGGAGGAAGCUCCCAACAAACACAGCAGCAAACGUCGCCGCAGCAGCCAUCGCAGGAGCCGCAGAGCAGCGGUAGCAGCAGCCACAGCGGCACCACCACCACCGCCAGCACGGUGCGCUCCAAAAAACAGAAGGCUGUGCUGAACAGCAGCGGGAGCAGCAGCGCCAGCAAAGUGGCGGACAAGGCGGACCGGAACCUGAGCAAGGCGGAGGCGGGCAAGUCCAAGAAGUCGGCGGCGGGCUCAUCGGCUUCCUCGUCGUCCAGCAAGGCGGAGCGGAACAGCGGUGCCUACUCGGACAAGAGUGGCGAUGACCAUGUAAAUAGUAGCAACCGUAGCACCACCAACAACAACAGCAGCCUUAACAACAACAACCAUAAGCACGCGCCGCACCACAGUCACAACAACAACAACAGCCACUCAACAACGACGGCAUCGGCUACAACAACAGCAACAACGACAACGUCGCAGGGAUAUCAAAACAAUUCGAAUUACAAUCAUAAUCAGAAUAACCACAGCAACCAAAACUCCCACUCACACCACACCCACCACUAUCACCAUACCACUAAUAUUUACAGUAACAACAGCAAACACAAAUCCAAAUCGCACCACUCCCUAACCCAUAUCAACAACAACAACAACAAUAAUAAUAAUCAUCCUCACACAACAAAUGCAACAAGCACACCACAACAACACCACCCAGUAACAACCACAAACAACAAUUCAACGUACAACUCCUCCAAUCAUGCGAAUAUUCUUAGCUUCACCGAAACGGAGGAGGUCCUGCAGAUCGGAAUGCACAAGGUGCUCGUCUACGUGAAGAACCAUCGGGAUGCCUGGCCAUUUGUGGAUCCCGUCGAGGAGGAUAUAGCACCGCGCUACUACUCGAUCAUCAGGAGACCCAUGGACCUUUUGAAGAUGGAGGACAAGCUGGACAGCGGCGAAUAUCACAAGUUCAGUGAAUUCCGAAACGACUUUCGCUUGAUUGUCAACAACUGCAGAUUAUACAAUGGGCACAAUAAUGAAUAUACUGAGAUGGUUAACAAUCUGCAGGAUGCUUUCGAGAAGGCCACCAAAAAAUACUUUGAUAAUCUCUCCGACGACGAGGACGACGAUCCCAAUCUGAGCUAUCCCGCCGCCGACUCCAAAAUGAACGUGUUUCGCGAGAAGUACUUCAGCAAGAAGGCCAAGGAGGAAACGGAGAAGGAUGCGCCAGGUCGUGUGGAGAGCAGCGCCGACGAGGAUCUCAGCGAGAUCGAAGCGGAGGCCCCGCAAAAAGCCCUAAAACGCAAGCGUAAGGAAAAAGACAAAAGGCGCAAAAAGAAGACCAAGAGUAAGGCGGAUCUGGAAACGGAUGAUGAGGACUUGGAGACCGAGCGGGAACCAACGCCACCACCUCCACCUCCUCCGCCGCCAGCGAGCAAGAAAAGCAAAACGGGCAAGGUGGCCAAGGAAAAGGAGAAAGAUAAGGAACGAGAGAAAGAUAAGGAGAAGGACAAGGAGUCAACUUCAUCCAAGCGGGGACGUAAGACCAAGGGAGAGAAGUCCGCUUCGAAACCCAGCAAACAGCAGCAAAAGACCAAAAAGGGUGCCAAGAAGUUGGCCCCCGAGUCGGACCUGGAAUCGGAUCCAAGCGACAGCCGCGAGAGCGAGAACUACAGCGAUGAUGACCACUUAUCGUUGGCCAAAGCCAAGUCCCUAAUUAAGCCCACAGCGCGAACGAUAGCGGCACAGAAGAAGAAAUCAGUGCCCGCUGAGUCCAAAGUAAAGAUGCCCACGCCAGUCAAACGUCAGGUGAAAGGCAAGGGCAAGGGUGGACGCAAGGCAAAGGACGACUCGAUGGACAGCGAGCUGUCUGAUAUGGAUGUCAAGAAACAGCUGCCUCCGACGGCAGCUGCUGCGCUAGCCGAAUCCGCCGCCGACCUGGAGGAAGAUGCGGAUGAUCAGCCUGCGGGAGAAGACGAUGAUGAGGACAGCUCGCGGUCUCGCAGCAUGUCCCCCUUCAAGGUUGAUCUCCACAAGAAAUACUCAAAAAGUGCCCUUAACGAUGAUCUCUCCGAGCUGCUGACCACCGUAAAAAAGGUUUCCACAGCGGAAACCACUAAACUAAGUGCCCGGCACCAGGAUGAAGCGGAUGGGGCGAAAUCCUCCCGAGACUCUGACGGCGACUUUAAAUCUCUGAGCAGCAGCCGGGCCAGCUCCGAGGAGCGUCCGCCGGUAGCAAAGAAAGGAAAAAAGGCGGAGAACUCGAAAAAGGAAAAGAAGAGUAGAGACAAGGAGAAAGAUAAGGAGAAGGACAAAGACAAAUCCCGCAACAAGCACAAAAAGGGCAAGGAGGAUUCCCCAAUCUCGGCAGCCGCCGCUGCAGCCGCAGCUGAGCAGGCUGAACUGGAGAUGCUGCUGCCUUUCAUGGACAAGUACGAUGUGAUUAAGUACCGACGCAGUCGUGCUGCCCUGAGUGGUUCCAGCGCCUCCAACUCGAUAGCUCCCUCCGAGGACUCCAAGCCAGUAAGCACCAAGAGCAGUAGGGAAAGCAAAAAGCCCGCACCAAAGCGAGAAAAGUCCCCCGAACCUGUGGAACACAAGCGCGGGCGCAAGAGCAAAGACCAAAAGCGAUCAAAGGAGUCAGAUAAGCCGGAAAAACAUGAAAAAUCCUCGAAAGUCGACUCCGAGAAACAGACCGAAAAGUCUAAGAAAAAGGAGGAGCAACCGAAAGUAGCGGAAAAACCUCCAAGAGAAAAAUCGCCUGCACCGGUAGCUCCUUCGGAAACCAUAAAAGAACCUCCUGUUCCAACUCCCGCCACUCCCACACCAGCGCCCAGUAAGACCAAGGAAGCGCCAGGAAAAGCGGCAGCCAAGAAAAGACCCGACAAACAAAUGCCGCCGCCUCCAAAACCAGCCGACAAGCCAAGUGAAAAGGGGUCUGGCAAGAAGGCUUCCAGCAAAAAGGCAGCCCAAAAGGCAGCGGGCCAACCGCAGACCAACAAUAACACAAACCUCGAAGCAUUGGACGUGGAAACCGAACAGACUCUCAAAGACAUAAAUCGCUGGCUGGAGCACACUCCCCGGUUUACAGAGUUCAGUUCGGCUAGCAAUUCACCAUCCCGGUAUAAUCUCUUGGAUGAUUUUGACUCGGGAAUAGGUAGUAAACUAGACGCGGCAGAUUUUCGACGACCAGUGCCAUUGGCUGCUCCAAAAGCGGAGCUGGUGCCAACCAAAUUGGCAGAGGCACUCAAUGAUCUGGUGAGCGAACCAAAGGAGCCAGCUAGCAAGUCGGAAUUGGAAUCCGUGGCUCCCACGCCGAGCAGUGUGAGCAGCAGUUGUGGAACUCCACCGCAUUCGAUGCACUCUGGGAACUCCAUUGGCAGCACGUCCGCCACUGCGGCCUCCAGUUCGAAUUGCUCUAAUAAUUCGAUGGCUACUCCCUUACCUGUGGCAGCUGCUCCGACGCCGACGCCUGCUCCUCCGCCACUGCUCCCGCUUCCCAAACCAAAGGAGCCGAGCACCACCCAGCUCAUCCUCAAUCCACCACCGCCGCCUCACAUCAAACAGCAGCUGGCCAAGGAGGCCAAGCGCAAGUCGCUGAAAGAAAAACAGGCGGCUCAAGCUGCCCAAGCUCAGCAGGUGAAAGCCAAGACGAAUGUGAUGAGGACAAUCGAACGGCUCCAACCAGGCAAGGCAAAGGGAAAUCUCUUACAGAAUGUAGCCGGCAAAUCUACGGAGGAGAGUGCAGACUCGCACUCAGGCGCUAAUCCAGUUGCCACGAAGGUCAAGGAGCUGAAGAAUGCUCUCAUCACCGAAACAUGCGAAGGAGCGCCCAAACUAAGUUUGGGUACGGUUCUGAAGACGCAAGAUUUUUCAUUGGGUAAAAGUCUUGAGGAAAUGUCUGGGAAGAAGGCCACAGAUGAAGGUGAUAGUCCGAACGAGGAAACCAAGUCGGAGAACACCUCGACACCCACGACCCCAAACAAAGAGCCUCCGAAGCCAUUUGAAGCUCUUCUUGAACUCAGCAAAAUUGGAAAAUCCUCCGAAACGUCAAAAACCGAAGCAAGCCAGAAGGAGAAGCCCAAUCUCAGCGCCUGGCUAAAGGCUUUCGGUGGUCCAAAGGUUAGCAAAAAGUCCGAGGAGGAGGACAAGCAACAGGCGCCCUCGCAGGAUCUUCAAGGUGACGCAAAGGUGGCUCCACCAGCGCAUUCGCCUGCCGGGGAUAACUUCUCGCUGCCAACGGUGAUGCGCCAAAGGAAGCCUAGCACUGGCAGCACGAAUUCAGAGAGAAGUUCCUUUAGCCAGGAUCCUGAUUCCCCAAGAAUAGCCAUCGAUGAGCGCUACGGAUCCUAUGCGGCUGGCUCUUAUACUUCCCCAAUUGGUGCCUCACCCAUUGGAGCAUCUCCCAUCAUGGUUUCUCCCAAGCCCAAUGAUGAUAUGGGGAAGCCAGCCUCGCCCUAUCCCCUCAAUGGAGCCAUCAAAGUGGGUUUCUACCAGGACACCACGACCAAAAGCAGUCCGGACAAGAGCUGCAGUCCCAGGGAGAUGAAUUCUCCGUAUCCCCAGUACUCCCAGCACAUCUACUCCUCCGCCUCGUCGCCUAAUGUCUCCACUCCGGAUAUGAGUGGAACGUCACCCUAUGGAGGUGGGAACAGCUACAAUCCUUCGGGCUCUGAGGCGUCCAAGACUCCGGCCUACUCUUCCACAUCCCCGCUUCCUAUAUACGAUCAAUACAAGCAGCCACGCUCCCAGGAAUCGGAUUACAACUCAUCGAUGAGUCCGAGCACCCCGAACCCACAUUCGCCCUACCAACAGCCGCAGAGUUCUCCGUACACCACCCCGCAGCAAUCGCAAUCGACGCACCCGUCGCCAUAUCAUGGCCAGUCGCCGUACCACCAGCAGCAGCACUCACCAUAUCAUCCACCCGCCACUCAGCAGCAGCAGCAACAGCAAACCUCGCAGCCCUCUCACAGUCCGGCGGCCCAUCAGCAGGGUCUCAGUCCCAUGCAUAGUGUGGAAUCGCCUGCAUCCUCGGCGGCCACGCAACCACCCACUCCGCUGGCUCAGUCACCGGCGGAGCAGCAGCACUCGCCGUACCAGCAGCCCGUGCUGUCACCAUACCAGCAACCGCAGCAACAGGUGCAGCCGCCCGUGGUUCCACCAGUGCAACCUGCAACAGGUGCCGUGUCUUCAACGCCUCUGAGCAAUAAUGGUUAUGCGCCCACUCACGAUAGCUACCAGCAACUUCAACAGCAACAGCGAUCCUUGUAUAAUCCAGCUACUCUGAUUAAUCCUCUGCCGACUUCUGCUUCCUCAACCGCCUCAAUAACCAAGCCCAAUAAUGACUGGAGUCUGAACCGCAGCCUGUUGCCGCCGAGUAUAACCAAUACUGUAAACCAGGCCACACAGCAACAGCAGCAGCAACAAGCAGGGCAAUUACAGCAGCAGCCACAAAUGCAACAAGCAACACAGCAGCAAUUGCAAGCAACAAAUCAACAGCAGCAGCAAUUACAAGCAAACUCGCCUCAACAGCAGCAACAGUUGCAAGCACCACAGCAACAAUUGCAAACACCUCAGCAACAACAGCAACAGUUACAGGCACCGCAACAACAGCAGCAACAGUUGCAGACUCCUCAGCAACAGCAGACACAGCAACAGCAACAACAACAGCAACAGGUGCUGGCCCAUCAGCAGCAGCAUAAGCCGAAAUAUCCAACCUAUGCGCAAUACCAGUCGACAAAUGCCGCAGCUAAUGCAGCAGCCGCAGCAGAUGCAGUGGAUACUUUGCAACAACAACAACAACAGCAGCAGCAGCAACAGCAAAAAAUUGUGCCGCCCACGUACGGCAGUGAUAUGGCCACAUUUAUGCAGCAUCAAAUGCAACAGCCUCCCAAAACAGAUACCCUGAUAAAUCCACUAAAACGUCCUGGAGAGGAACUUGGUAUGGAUUACAGUGGUAAUGCGGCGAAUAAAAUGGCAAAAAUAGACGAAACUCCUGCUCAGCAGCCGCAGUUGCAGCAACAACAACAGCAGCAGCAGCAACAAACCCAGAACCAAACGCAAUCGCUGCUUAACAAACAACAGCAAAUGUUUAAUAGUUUCCUGGGUUCCAUGGCUUUUGGAAAACCACUAGGAAACAUUGCACCUGAUAAGGCAUUCGAGAUGUACAACCGAGCGGCGGCCAUGGGUUUUCCCAAGGACUUUGCCAAGGACAACAGUUGUCAGCUGCAACAGCAACAGCAGCAGUCGCCACAAGUGACCGCAAGCAAGCAGCAGACAAGUCAACAGUCGCAGCCUCAGGCUCAGCAGCAAUCCCAGCAGACGCAGCCACAUCUAACGCAGCUGCAGGCGGCGCUUACUCAAAACUACCAACAGCCACAGCAGCAGCAGCAGCAAGCGCAGGCUCAGAAGUUACCGCAGCAGCAGCAACAACAGCAACAGUCGCAACAACUAAACUACCAGCAGCAGCAGACACAGCUAAACCACAACUAUACAGCUCAGCAACAGCAAGCUGCAGUGCCGGACAAACCAACCGCAUCGCAGUCAACUGUUUCUGCUGCUGUGACCGGCGACAUGACCAGCAAUAUGAUCAACCUGCCCUCGACUGCCCACCAGCAUCAUCUCAGCCAGACGCACCACCUGGCUGCCUACAACAAACCCACGCCGCCUCCUCCCCAAACCUACAGCAAUCCCUUAAUGCAAUCCAUGCUGGGCUAUGCGGGAAACUAUUUCGACAAGACCAUGCCGCCGGCAGCUCACAUGUACAGUGCUUCAAGUUCAGCAGCCACCGCCUAUGGGAAUCCUGCGCAGCAACUGCCGGGUAAUUAUGUUCCCGGCAACAACAAUCCCGCUCACCAACAGCAGCAGCAGCAGCCGCCACAACAGCAGCAAGCUCCUGCAGUUGCCCCUGCAGAAGUCAAGGCUCCAGCGAAAAGGGGAAGGAAGAAGAAGGCAGCCACAAUUGCAGCAGAAGCAGCAGCUGCAGCGGCCAAGCAGCAGCAACAACAGCAGCAACAGGCGCAACACCAGCAACAGGCUGCCGCCCAGCAGCAGCAUCAACAGCAGCAACAAGUGGCGGCCCAGCAGCAGCAGCAGCAACAGCAACAAGUGGCCGCCCAACAGCAGCAGCACCAAGCCAUGCCGCAAUACAAUAUGCCUCAGUCGGUGGCCUCCGUUUCCGCCGCCGUUGCCACCAAUAACCAGCUGCAGGCGCAUGCGCAGGCGCUGCACCAAGGCUUCCAAUUGUAUGCCGGUCUAAAGUCCGGAGGAGUCUCCUCGCCAGUGGGCAGCUCAGCAGCAACGCCGGCCACCAGUGGAACCACCAGCAAUCAGACGGCGGCCGAUGCGGCAGCCAUUUCAUUGAAGACAUCUACAGGUGGCAUGGUUCCAGGGAGUGCCUUCAACUUUGCGCCUACACCAGGAGCUCUGGGCUUGUACGGCGAUCAAGCAGCGGCAGCUAGCAGCUAUUUGGAUCAGUUCAGAGACGCCCCCAAUCCAUACUAUAUGCCACCAGCGCCGGCACACAGUGGAGCGUCCGCGAAUCCAAGUGGGAAUGCGGCGGACAAGAGUCAAAAUCCACUGAACUCGGCAGCCGGAUCGUAUCCCUUCCUGGCGGCGGCACAUCCUUCCUCGCGGGCAGCGGCUACCUAUCCGUUUGCGGAUCCCAACUCGCAGCUGUAUCAGCAGUACCUGCGGCGUGAUGACUUCCACACUCGAAUGAUCUUCAACCAAAGUCUGCUGGGUGGGCCGGCAGCGGCGGCGGCGGCAGCCGGAUACGGGCAACCGCCACCGCCGCCAUCCGCCUAUCAGCGCGCCGCACUGGGCAUGCCCAAGCCGUACGACAUUAACCGGCAGUCAUGGUUUUAGCAGUACGCCAGUGCCGCCAACGUGGAUCUCCAAGGAGACGACCUGACGGGGGCGGCAACUGGAACAGCGUCGGGAUCAGCGGCAGCUUCAGCUUCCUCAGCAGCCACUCAGCGAUGAGAUCAAAGGAGCACACAGGCUUAGAAAGGUUUCAAACUCACACACAAAUUGGUUCCAAAGAGGUUAACAAGCACCAGAGUUUAUUCGGCGGAAUUUUAGGAACUAUUCUAUUUUUUUAAGUUUAAAAGUUUAUCUCGAUUUCACGCUUAAAGAAAUUCUUAAUUGGCAGUUUUUAAAAUAUUUCAUUAGAGAAACCAAAAGUUGGAGAACCAACUUGUAUUCUAGCAAGAAGCUGAAUUUGUAUGUACAAGUGAGGUAAUCUUCUGGAGGCAUGAUUGUUUUUUACUGCUGUUUGAUAUUCAUUUGCGAGACUCGAAUUCCACUGCCCGCACCCUCUGGCUUUGCCGCGAUUUUAUUUUUUGUAUUCUAUGAACAUCUUUUUUUGUGCAAUGUUUCCUUUUGACUGCAGUUGCGCCCUGGACUUUGGCCACGCCUAAUUAGCAAGUUUGUUGGUCUGUAGUUUGUAACUCUUGGUAGUUUUUAGGUUUUAAGUCUUUUGUUAAUGACAAUUAAUUUUAAUCGGUGUAGCUAAUUAGGCCUGUAAUCUAUUUUAAUUGAACUUAAUUUGUUUUAAAUGCUUAACAAAGAAACUAAGCAGAAAAGCGAAAGAGAAAUAAUGCAAAAAUUCAAAGAAUUACUCUAAAGCCCCCUCCUGACUAUAAUUAGAUUUUAGUUUUUUCCAGAAUUUAACUCGUAACUAUAGAACUCGUGUAAAUUAACUACGAUUAUUAAUUUUAUAACUAUGACUAUUAUGACUAUUAUCGAUUCGUGAUGCGGGCGAUUUGUUGAAAUAUUUAUUAAUCCAGCUAAACAAAGAGAUUCGCAACACAACUAAAGCUAAAAACGAAGCACUUUUAGUUUGUAGAACGCCAAGCAGAUGUAUAAAUUUUUGUUAAAUAUGCUAAGGAAACAGUACGGUUUAAUCAUUAAGCUCCACCCAUCAAGUAAAGUAGACCCAUGUCCACCCACAGAGCUCACAUAUGUGCAACAUUCCGCCUAGUCCCUCAUCCCCGCCCAAAUCCCAAUAAAACAUUUGCUGUACAUACAGGAAGAACUAAAACAGACAUGUAAAGACUUUUCUCGUUUUUACACAUCUCAAAUUGUAGCUUUAAACGAUGUAAAAAUCGAUAUAGAUUUGACGAAAAGCAAACAAUUAAACAUUAUGAAAUAUGAAUAAAAAAGUGUCUUAGUCGCCAUCAAAGGCGAACAGAGCAGAUGAAACGAGAUGGAAAGGCAUUAACCGAGCGCCCGUAAUAAUAUUUAAUAUAUAUACUAUAUAGUGAAAACAAUAAACAAGAGAACCCGUAUUCAGUUAA